CACCGUUGUAGUUCAAAGAAGCCCAACAUGGCAGCCCGAUCGAAAACAACUCGAUGCUUCUACGAUUGAAGUGACAAAGCACUAAACCCCUGUCCCCCCGCGAUUGUCAUAAAAAAACAGCCACCGGUGGUGUCUAAAAUCCAGUGAAUAAUGUGAGCACAAUCAACCCGGGGGGAUGGAGAGAUAACGGUUUGCGGAAUUGAGCGUUCGAGAGUGAAAAAAAAACGUCUGGGAAUUUUUGUAUACUUCGAGCCUCGUAUACUCCAGGUACCACACGACUGCGAUUUCCGUCUGUCCAAUUGGGCCCCCACGGCACUCCAGCGAGGUUCAAAUUUCGUAACGGUCGUUCUGAGGUGCCCGCAGAUCACCACAGUUUGACAGGAGUUUUUUUAUUGCGAGGGAGUCAUGGAAGACUGCCGUGAGGUGCUGGUCUGUGCCACGGAGUUCCUGAAGGACCGUUUCUACCUAGUGACCCUGCAAACCGAUAUAAAACCCAAAAGCACAGCAGACACGCACUACUUCAGUAUUGACGAUGAACUAGUAUACGAGAAUUUUUAUGCCGACUUUGGGCCCCUCAACCUCGCAAUGUUGUACAGAUACUGCGACAAAGUUAAUAAAAAACUGAGAACUGUUGCCUUAAGUAAGAAGAAAAUUCUUCAUUACACAACUACGGAUCCUGAGAAGAGGGUCAAUGCUGCAUUUUUAGCUGCCAGUUACGCCAUAUUGUAUUUGAAAAAGACAGCCCAAGAGGCCUACGAUUUACUGAUAAACAGUCCCCACAGCCCGCCAUAUCAAAUGUUCCGUGAUGCCUCCUUCGGUACCCCGUGCUUUCAAAUAUCCCUGAGGGACUGCCUGAGUGCCAUUUACAAGUGUCAUCGUCUCGGCUUCUUCAAUUUCGAUGAUUUCAAUCCCAAGGAGUACGAGCAUUACGAGAGAGUUGAGAAUGGAGAUCUCAAUUGGAUUCUACCGGGGAAAUAUAUCGCUUUCUGUGGACCACAUGCCAAGUUGAAUAAUGAAAAUGGGUAUCCCUUGCACGCCCCAGAGUCGUAUUUCUCCUACUUUCGUCGUAACAAUGUCACAACGAUAGUGAGAUUGAACCAGAAGAUCUACGAAGCAACGAGAUUCACAGAGGCUGGUUUCGAUCACAAAGACCUGUUUUUCGCUGACGGAUCGACCCCCACUGACUCGAUUGUACGUCAAUUCUUGAAGAUAUCGGAGAACACCCCCGGUGCCAUCGCUGUGCACUGCAAGGCUGGCCUUGGGAGGACAGGAUCACUGAUAGGGUGUUACAUAAUGAAACAUUAUCAUCUUUCUGCUCAUGAGACCAUCGCGUGGAUCAGAAUAUGCAGGCCUGGGUCUGUCAUCGGUCAUCAGCAGAGAUGGCUCGAAGAGAAAGAGAAAUACCUCCACUCACUGGUAAAAGAGCCCCUGAGAGCUGAGAAUGGAAAUCCCCCCCAUCCAUUCGGAAUUUAUUCAAAAAUUGGAAGACCAAAUGCCUUCUCGGCUGUGCCGAGGUGCCCGAAUUUGGGGCAGGACAAUGUAUCAGGAAUAAUGCACCGGGUUGAUGGUAUUCGGCUGGACGACACGUCGUCCCCAACGACUAGCACCAGUGCUGCAGGGAAAUUUGCAUGUAUGACGCAGGGAGACAAAUUGAAUGAGAUUAAAAUACGCAGACGACGAGCCGGCAGCAAUUUUUACGUGGGAAACACAAUAGGGCAGCCAGCUGUUGUACUUCCAAACUUGGGACUUUUACUGCAAUCGAGAAGUCAGAAAGGCGGAAUAUCACCAUUAGUUGGAUCCAAGAAGGAUACAAAUAAGCGUCUCCUCGCGCGUUCAACCACAACGACACUCGUUAAAAGAAAUACACGAAGAGUUACUGGCAAUUGCAAGCCGACGUCGUGCUACGUGAGGCCUAAAACAGCGAGCCAAAUGGCCUCGACAAAGGCCACAGCCUCGGUUGGAGCUAAAACGAUGAGUGUAACGAAACCAGUGACGAGAUCAAACGUGAGAGACACGUGUUUGACGGAUAGCCGUGCCGCUAUCUCAUCGACGAGCAAUCAUCCUCUCCAGCAGUCGCAAUCUGGCAUGAACAUGGUGCUCAGAUCGGCGGAUCGAGUCAGUCGAUAUAAUUCACUGAGGCAUGGUGUUGGGGAUGGCGCAACCAUCAGCCGUGCAUCGAGACAGCGGAGAAGAUCUCACCGAUUAAAUCCCAUCAUCCAAUGAGAAAAUAUCGACCUGAGGCUUUUUAAAAACAUUACAUUUGUGGUAUCAGACAGCUAACACCAAUCAACACGAUAAAUAUGGCUUAUCACAUUAAUUAUUUGAGUGUCUAAUGCAUUACACACCGAUGUGAUAACACUACACGUAAUUAUCGGGGCAAAGACUUCAAUCGAUUACAUAAUAGUGUAUGUAAUUUUAAUAAUCAUGAGAUCCCUUUUUUAUUAUUUUAAAAGUUUUAUAGAUUCAUCGCUGUAAAGUAGUCUGUAUUGAACUAGUGGAGGCUAAUAUUCUUAUAUUAAUAUUCAGAAUUGUGUACAUAGUUGAAUUAUCAUGUGGUAGCACAAAAUUUCGGGGAUUGAUAAUUAAUAUUAAUAUUUAGGUGAAAUCCCGUGUCUGCUUAUGCAGUUAUUGUAUUCAACGCAUAUUUUUUACUUUAUAGAGGAUAUUUGCGGUCAUUUGUGAUUGAACAUUGGAGUUAAUAUUUUUUUAAUGAAAAUUAAUGAUUUGUUGAUGGCGAUUAGGAGAUCCUCUCAUUGAAAAUCACGAGAUUUAAGAAUAAAUUUUACGACGAACUUGUCAAUUCAAUUGGGUUUCAAACGGGUUUCGGGCAUGAUCAAAAGAAUAUUCUUGACCGCAAAAAUAGCAUAGAGUAAUUUAUAAAGAAAAAUAAAGCUCAAUGGAACCAAGUUCGAUGAUCAUCUAACUUUCCAAUUUUAUAGACCAAAAUUGCUAGUAAAAGUCCUAGGAUCUCCUUGAAUUCAAACGAUUGUGAUAUAAAAUAAUGAAAAUUACGAAUACAUCACAAAUGAUGCAUCUAUCAUUUUUCUUUUCGAUUGAACCCACGAGUUUUUAUAAAUCUUUUGCAGUAUAGAAACUAGUUUUUUGUUGAUCAAUGGUGCGUGUACAUUUAUAUGUAAGUAUUACAGAGAAUAACGAGAUAAAAAUUGAGUACUUGCACAUUCUUAUUAAUGAAGACGACGCAGAGGCGUUUGAUUGUCACUUAAUGUAUUCACAGUAUUUUAGUAAAGAGUAAAUGCAUUUUCCGAGGUUUUCAGGAAUGUAUAGAAUGUUAUGUAAACGUAGAGAUCAUCGUCGAGAGGCACAUUUGAAUAGAAAAAUUCUGGAAAAUACGUAAAUCACAUCAUGAAUUUUAACGAUUAGGGUACAUGUUUUUAAUGAAAAUCGUACGGUGCAAAAAAAUUUUAAAACACCACCGAAUCUUUUAUGUAUAUGCUCUGUUAACAUUUUGUCAAUUUUAAUAUGAAAUAAAAUGUUUACCAAAACUGGUAAU